AUGGCAGAUGCGGCUACUUUCGAUGAUGCGCUCGAGCCACUCUCACGACUUUCCGUGCUGGUAGCUGAACAUCCGGAGUCCUUUGCAAGCGGGAGCAAAGACAUUCGAGAGGCUGCACUCCACGCCACGAAGUGCGUAUUCGACCUUGCUUUGAAGACUGAAACUCCGUCCCAGAAGUAUGUCGGUCAACUUCUUUCCUCCCUGACACCGGACCACGCUCCUCAGACUCGCUCUCAAGCGCGCGCCAAUGGUAAACGAAAACGAAGCCCUAGUCCUUCUCUUCCCCAGAAGGGCGCACCACAAACAACACCGCUUUCCUCACUGUUCAUUGAGGAAAUGGACGACGACCAAAUUUGGGCUCAACUGGAGCUGAGGGCGAAACAUGUUUGCGAGACCCUGGAGGAAGCUUUAGAGGGGACAGGCGAACCGGAGGAUAGCGGGGACGAGGGUUACGAGGAGUCGGAUGAUGGCGAGGCUGCUGGUGGUAGCGAGGAUGAUGAUGAGAGUCUGGAGUUACAAGCCUCAGACGAAGACGUUUCGGACAAGGACGAGGACGAUGAUGAAGACGAGGAUGAAGACGAAGAGGGCUCCUUGGACGAGGAGGCUAUGGAAGAUGGAACCACCGCCCUUCGAGAUCCCUCUGAUGAUGAAGAUGUGGAGGAUGAAGAAGAGUAUCUUUCUUUGGACGAGGUUCCCCCCCGUAAAGACAAGGCGUCUGCCCUCAAACCUCCGAAACCGAAAGUCGGUGGUCACCCCGAGCUGGAUGACGGCUUCUUUGACCUUGCGGCUUUCAAUGCCGAGGUUGAAGAGGCAGAAGCUCGCUCGGUUUCCAGAGGCACGCUAGGGGGCGGGGACGACGAGGAUGACGACGGGGAUGAGUCCUUCGACAUGUUUGCCCCCGUGGAUGAUUUGCAAGUCGAGGAGGAGGAAGCUGUCGAGAAUGCGGGUGGAGAGGCAUAUUAUCAGGACUUCUUCGAACCGCCUGCGAAGGUUAAGACAAAAAGGAAUCCUUCUCUGCCCGAAAAGAAGACCACCAAGGUACGGUUCCACGACGAGGUGCGAGUCAAGAAGAUCAAAGCGAAAGGCAAAGGCCUCCCGGUGUCGUUUAUGGAUGAUGUUCCAACUGAUCUGAGCUCCGCUUACGAGUAUGGUGAGGAGCUGUCUGACGAGGAAGAUGAUGCGGGAGGCUUUGACCUCGGAGAAGAAGAGUCAGAAGAGGACGGCGUUGACAAUCCUUCCGAUGAAGAAAUGGAAGGGGACAGCGAUGAUGAGCUCGAUACUCGGGAUACUAUGGAGCGUUUCAAGGAUGAUUUAUUCGCAGAGGAGGAGGAGACACCUCAAUCUGAUCUUUCUACACACGAGAAACGUAUGGCUGCUCUGAGGGAGCAGAUAACUGCUUUGGAAGCAGAAAAUAUCUCCAAGAAAGAUUGGACUCUGAUGGGCGAAGCUACGGCGAGGUCGCGGCCUCAGAACUCACUACUCGAAGAAGACUUGGAAUUCGAUCGAGUGAUGAAGGUUGUACCUGUCGUGACGGAGGAGAGUGUGCAGAACCUUGAGGAUCGGAUAAAGGCAAGGAUUCUGGAAGGCAACUUCGAUGACGUGGUGCGCAAGCGCCCUCUCGACGACAAACCUUUCUUGCCGUCGCGGUUUUUCGAGCUUCAGGACACGAAGUCUAAACAAUCUCUGGCGGAGAUAUACGAGGACGAGUACACAGCUGCACGAACUGGUGGCGUGGCCGGGGAAGAUCGCGAUGGUAAACUUCAGGCCGAGCACCAAGAGAUUGAAAAUCAGUGGGAGUCCAUUUGCGCGAAAUUGGAUGCUCUGUGCAACGUGCACUUUACGCCGAAGCAGCCUAAAGCUACUAUCUCGACCGUGUCCAACGUAUCUGCUGCUACUCUGGAGUCAGCGCUUCCCACUUCGAAGGCAACCACCACUAUGUUGGCACCCGAAGAGGUGUAUGCGCCGUCGACCUCGGCCCCGCGCUCAUCGAGUGAGCUCACACCGGCUGAGAAACGUGCGCUUCACAAUAAGCAGAAGAAGAAGAGACGGAAGGCACGAGACCUUCUUGACAAGACAGUCGACAAAGUUGCGAGAGUGCGAGGUAUCAAGGGUGUGAAGAAGCAGAAGGAGGAGGCGCUGAACAGUGUGGUGAAGAGUGGAAAGGGUGUCACGGUAAUUGGGAAGAAGACGGAUCAGAAUGCGAAAAAAGGUCGUAGUAAGGGCUAGUAUUGCUUGCCUAUACUUACCACCUCUUCUGGUGCUUGCUUGUGAGUAUACAAUAUUCCCGCUACCGUAGGUAGUGGGUCUUGGACCCCCCGGCCGUUCGCAGGUUUCCUGCGAUCGUUUCAAGAUCUACGCGAUUUUUAUUUGAC